AUGGCCGACGCACCCCGGACUGUACUGAUCUCAGGCUGCUCCUCGGGAAUUGGCCUGGAGCUCGCAGUGCAGCUGGCUCAUGACCACAGGCAGCGCUACCAAGUGGUGGCCACCAUGAGGGACCUGGGAAAGAAGGGGACACUGGAGGAAGCUGCUGGGGAUGCUCUGGGGCAGACCCUCACCGUGGCCCAGCUGGACGUGUGCAGUGACGAGUCAGUGGCCCAGUGUCUCAGCUGCAUCCAGGGAGGGGAAGUGGAUGUGCUGGUGAAUAAUGCUGGAGUGGGCCUGGUGGGGCCCCUGGAGGGGCUCAGCCUAGCUGCCAUGCAGAACGUCUUUGAUACCAACUUUUUCGGGGCUGUCCGUCUGGUCAGAGCUGUCCUUCCUGGCAUGAAGAGAAGGCGAAAGGGCCACAUUGUGGUGGUCAGCAGUGUCAUGGGGCUGCAGGGUGUCCUGUUCAAUGAAGCCUACGCAGCCUCCAAGUUCGCCCUGGAGGGAUUCUUCGAAAGUCUGGCUAUCCAGCUGCUGCAGUUCAACAUCUUCAUCACCCUGGUGGAACCUGGCCCGGUGGUCACUGACUUUGAGGGGAAGCUCCUGGAGCAGGUUUCCACAGCCGAGUUCCCAGACACUGACCCUGACACCCUGCGCUACUUCUGGGAUUUCUACCUCCCCGCCUCCAGGGAGCUCUUUCACUCUGUAGGACAGAGCCCACAGGAUGUGGCCCAGGUCAUUGUCAAGGUCAUCGGCUCAACCAGACCACCCCUGCGCCGACAGACCAAUGCCCGCUACACCCCGCUGGUUGCACUCAAGGCUGUGGACCCCUCAGGCAGCCUGUACGUACGCACAACCCACUGCCUACUCUUCCGCUGGACACGCCUUCUCAACCUUGGCCUUCGAUGUCUGGCCUGCGGUUGCCUCCGAUUCCGAAUACGGCCCCGGUGA